AUGUCGACAUUGGGAACGACUUAUUAUGUUGACUCGCGUGUUCUUCCCGAGCAGGAAGAUAUGACACCGAGGUACUCAUCAGCUGCAGGGGUGGAGCAGGCGAUGCUGGCUGAAUAUGGCGGACAAGAGUCUUGCCCUUUGCAGGCGAAAUCUUCUAUUUUUGGUGGAUCUUGGAGUCCCAUAUCGGCCCAGCCUCCAAGCACAGAAACUCCAGCCUACAUACAUCAGCAUUACACAACCGGGGACACCGAUGGAAUGUUUACGCGCUCCUGGGCGUUGGAUCCAGUUUCUGCGUCCUUGUGUUUAACGGGAUUACCGUCAACAACCAUGCAUUAUGAUAUCAAAUCGGAGCCUCUCAUUGGAAGUGGUGAAUGCACAACUUUGGAGACGCACACACCUCUUUUUUCUGACACUGAAAACGGAGCGUCCCUCACAGAGAUUGCCUGCGAUACCUCAUCUGAGUCUAAACCCACCGAUGGGAGCCUACCAGCAGAGGAAAAGAGGGAAUUAGAUGCAAAUAACCCAUCAUCCAACUGGCUUCAUGCAAAAUCCACCAGAAAAAAACGUUGCCCAUACACAAAGCAUCAAAUCCUCGAACUGGAAAAGGAGUUUUUGUUUAAUAUGUACCUCCCCCGGGAUCGUAGAUUGGAAGUAGCAAGACUCCUGAAUUUGACCGAGAGACAGGUCAAAAUCUGGUUUCAGAACCGCAGGAUGAAGAUGAAGAAAGGAAACAAAGACCGGCGGAGAGUCAAUUAA